AUGGGGGACGCGGCCCCCCCCACCCCCCCCAAAAAAAGACUAUACCGUAGCCUUUCAUCCAAGGCCAAACUGGGCGUUGGUGCCGGCUUCGUAGUCUGGGGGCUGGUCGGGCUGCGCAUGUCCGACAAAGCUGAGGAGAGGUUGGGCUUGACACCGACUGACGAGGACCGCGCCGCCUUGGAGAGGGCAACGCCGCGAAUUCGGCUCAUGGAAAAGGGCGAUAGGUCUUAA